GCUUUAGUUAAAGUUUGUAGCUGGCCGCUUUCGGGUUCUUCACGCGGGCGCCGUCAGAGCGAAAGCGCACGAACGCACGCACACGCCAAUAAACAAACAGCCGCCGCCCCCUCUCCACUGGGCGCCCACUCUUUCUCGUAGCAGAAGAUCGCGGGAAAUCAGAAACACAUCGAAAACAUCGGAUAACCGUUUUUAUUUCGUUAAACUUUUUAGUUCUUUUCGUUUCGGUUUCGUUUACGUUUACGUUUUCUCGUUCUCGUUCACUUCGAUUCGUUGUGUUGUUGUUCGUGCUUUAUUACAGACUGCAAUUAGUUACCGUAUCCCCCGACAGAGUGUAUUUUCGUGUGUGUUAUCAGGAAAAAGAGAGUGUAAAGGAGAGUGAAGAAAGAACUUGCUAUAAUCAGCGAUUCGAAAGACAAACACAAAAAGCAAAAGUAACGGUGUGUGUGCUCUCUAUCGCCAUCUCGCUUCAACCAAAUGAACCGAUAUUGAAAGAGAUUACAAUUACGCUUUUUAAUAAAUGCAGAGAACUGUUUUAGUCCGAAAACCAAAAGGUUACCACCGAAGAUCCUGAAAGAAGAAAAACUACGACUCUGAAGUAGGAAAAACCGACAAAUGAAAACCAAAAACAGGAUCAACAUCAACAGCAACAAGUGCAAUUGCUUUAGUCACUCGAGUCAGGGAAUCGCCAUUACCGAUGAGAAGAACGUACUGAGAAUCCAGAGCUAUAGCUAUACGUACAAGUGCUUGAAUCAUAAUCCGAGACCUCGGAUACUUGGCUGAAUCCUACACACGAUUUUCGAAUAAGAAAAACUCACUUUAAGUUGCAGUUGCAGUGAAAACCAAGACAAGGGAGACCCUGAAACAGCAGCCAGCAAGAGUUCGCCUCGAAUCGAGUUGAGAGAGAAAAAGAAAAUCUGGUUUGGUAAAAACAAGAGGGGAAAAAAACAUAAUACACACAUCGAAACGAUCCGCGGACGAGCCUCCUUUGGUGCAUUUCGAGUUUCGAGCUGCUGCUGCUGUUGCUCCACUUUCGUGGUCUCCAUAAACAAAAGCCAGAGCCAAGCGAAAAACUGGUUAUUUCUUUAUUUUGAUCGCAGCUCAGCUGCAGCGACCUCCGAUUCCGAUUCCGAUUCCGAUUAAGAUACCGAAUCUGAAUCUAAAUCUGAAUCUUAAUCCGAUUCCCAACUCCGACUUUUGGAACCCGCACUAUACUCUCUCCGCCAGACUCAUGUACUACGCUGUUGAUUACUACGCGGAUAUGGGACAGAUCUCUCAAGAUUGCUACGCUGCAACUAAGAAGGGAACCUCUGACCUGGACAUGGAUGAUCUUGAUGACUUGGAUCAGGUCACCCAGGUGAUUGGCUAUCAUCCCCAAUUCCAUGAUCACUUUCUACGCACCCAAAACUUUAUAAUGAAAGGCGAUGGCCCUUUGCCGAAUGAUUACCGCUACUAUUUGGCCAUAAUUGCUGCUGCUCGUCAUCAGUGUCCUUAUCUGGUGAAGCGCUAUGAGAAGGAGUUCAUUAACCAAGGUGGAGACAGCUCCUGGCUGGGCGGCCUGGACUUUAUACCCGCCAAACUACGUGCCAUAUACGAUAUCAAUAAAAUAUUAGCCCAUCGUCCCUGGCUGUUGCGCAAGGAGCACAUUGAGCGCCUGACCAAGGGGAAGAACAGUUGGUCCCUGUCGGAGGUGGUGCAUGCCAUGGUCCUGCUCUCGCACUUCCAUUCGCUCUCCUCAUUCGUCUUCUCCUGCGGGCUCACACAAAAGCUGGACAGCCUGUCUAGUCCCAAACUGAAGAGUCCACCCGUUUUGGUUGGAGGAGGUGGUGCCACUGCUGCUACCAAUGAGCCGGCCAACACACCAAUGGAAACCCAAAAAACGGUGCUGGCCGAAAUAUCGCUUAACAAUGCAAAGCCGGAUUACAAUAGCCCCACCGCAGGGAGUAACAAUGGGGUUGGAGGACAUGGCAUUACCAAUGCCAAUGCCAGUGCAGAUGCAGCUGGUGCUGCGGCUCUCAAUGGAUAUUUGGCCACCGCCCAGCAGUUGCCGCAGCAACAUGGCAUCAGUGUGGAGACGCUAAUGGAACGCAUGAAGGUAUUGUCCCAGAAACAGGACGAGUGCAGCGAGGCCGAGCUGAGCAGCCGCUUCCAGAAGGUGGAGCAGCAGAAUGCCGAGCUGCCGGCCGUGGCCCCAGAGGUGGUCGUUGCCCUGCCAACGAAUCUUUCGCAUUACGUGGACGAUGCCGGUUUCAUUUACCAGGACUUUGCCCGACGCGGCACCGAAAACAUCAACACGUUUCGCAUUCAGGACUACUCGUGGGAGGAUCACGGUUACUCGCUGGUGGAUGGGCUCUACAACGAUGUGGGCACCUAUUUGGAUGAGAAAUUUCGUGCUGCCUACAAUCUCACCUAUUGCACCAUGGGCGGCAUCAAGAAUGUGGACACAUCCAAGUUUCGCCGGGCCAUUUGGAACUAUAUACAGUGCAUCUAUGGCAUACGACACGAUGAUUACGACUAUGGUGAAGUUAAUCAGCUCCUUGCGCCUUUGAAGAUGUUUAUUAAGACAGCCUGCUGCUUUCCGGAGCGUAUUACCACCAAGGAUUAUGAUAGUGUGCUUGUCGAGCUGCAGGACAGUGAAAAGGUUCAUGUGAAUCUAAUGAUAAUGGAAGCCCGUAAUCAGGCCGAGUUACUCUAUGCUCUGCGCGAGAUAAUGCGCUAUAUGACUUGAUCUCAUUAAGUGAAUAAACACAUACGUAUAUAUUACACCUCCCCAAAAACCCACACACACCCACCCACACAUUACACACACAUAUACAUGCAUAAAACAUUUUGUUAUUUUGAGAGCGCAUCAGAAACAGCGAAAAGAACGGAAACGGAAAUCAGAAACAUUUUUAAUGAAAUACCCGAUUUGUGCAGUAAGAUAAAUAAAUGUUGCUUUCUCGGUAUAACAUAAUAGAAGCAUGCUUUAAUCCCACAUAGACAGCCAAGUUUAAAUAUAUCGGUGUGAAUUCAAUUAAUGUGAAACGUUUUUACUAUUCAAUUAAACAAUAGUCUGUGUCUAUGGUUAGCCAACAAUUUAAAUUAAAUACGUAAACAAUACACACACACACAGAAGGAGAAAAAUUUAUUUGUAAAAGUGUAAGCUGAGCUCUGUCUGUUUCUUUUCGUGAAUGUGCAAGCAAUAAUCACUGUACAUAUGUAUUAUGUUUUG